GGCUUAGCACAGUGCCUGGCACAUAGAAGGUUUUAAAUAAAUGUUUGCUGAUUGAUUGAUGGGUCUGUAUUCCCUAAAAUUGGAAGCUGAUAGAUUGAAGCCUAUAAAUUUUCUUCCUAAAAGAUUUAAUUAUGCCUUACAGCUCUUAAGAGUCUGAAAUAGAUAGAUAUCUUCAGAAUAUGGAGUGAUCCAGAAAAAGAUGGAAGACGUACAGCUAAUUGCACCCAACAUGACAAGCACUGAAGAAGAAGAGCCUAUCUCUGGUAUUAGUCGUCAAAUUUCUGUUAGUGAAUUUUCUUGCCACUGCUGUUAUGACAUCCUGGUGAAUCCCACCACCUUGAACUGUGGGCACAGUUUCUGUCGACAUUGCCUGGCUCUAUGGUGGGUGUCCUCAAAGAAAACAGAAUGUCCAGAGUGUCGAGAGAAAUGGGAAGGUUUUCCGAAAGUAAAUAUUCUGCUCAGAGAUGCCAUUGAAAAGUUAUUUCCUGAUGCCAUCAAAUUGAGAUUAGAAGACAUUCAGCAGAACAGUGAUAUAGUACAUAGUCUUGCAGCCUUUCAUAAAUACGGAAAUGAUCAGAUUUCUGUAGCUCCAAAUGCAGGGCGAGCAAAUCCUCAAAGAGGAGGAGGAUUUUUUUCUGGAGUACUGACAGCUUUAACUGGUGUUGCAGUAGUUCUACUUGUAUAUCACUGGAGCAGUAGAGAAUCAGAGCAUGACCUGCUUGUUCACAAAUCUGUUGCAAAAUGGACGGCUGAAGAAGUCAUCUUUUGGCUAGAGCAACUGGGCCCUUCCUCUCUUUAUAGAGAAAGAUUUUUAUCUGAAAGGGUUAAUGGCAGAUUGCUUUUAACAUUGACAGAUGAAGACUUUUCAAAGGCUCCAUAUAACAUAGAGAAUAGUAGCCACAGAAAAGCCAUCAUAAUGGAACUGGAGCGGGUCAAAACUUUAGGAGUAAAGCCCCCACAGAAUCUUUGGGAAUACAAGGCUGUCAACCCAGGCAAGUCAUUAUUCCUGUUGUAUGCCCUGAAGAGCUCCCCAAGACUCAGUAUGUUGUAUCUGUACUUGUUUGAUUAUGUAGAAACCUUCUUACCUUUUAUCCAUACAAUAUGCCCUGUGCAAGAAAAAGAGGAUAUCAUCACAAAGUUUCUUGACUUUAAAGAGCCCACUUGGAAGCAGUGGAGAGAAUUCCUUGUUAAAUAUUCUUUCCUUCCAUAUCAAUUGAUUGCUGAAUUUGCCUGGGAUUGGCUUGAUGUGCACUACUGGACGUCACGGUUUCUUAUUGUUAAUGCUAUGUUGCUCUCUGUUCUGGAGUUAUUUUCCUUCUGGAGAAUUUGGUCAAGGAAUGAAUUGAAAACUGUUCCUCACAUAAUGUGGAGCCAUUUUUGGAAAGUAUCAACACAGGGACUUUUUGUGGCCAUUUUUUGGCCUAUUAUUCCUCAGUUUAUUUGCAACUGUUUAUUUUACUGGGCCCUGUACUUUAACCCAAUUAUCAACAUUGAUCUUGUGGUCAAAGAAGUACGCAGACUAGAAACCCAAGUGCUGUGAGUAUUGCUGUCCCAGCUCUGAGUGAAGCUGGCCUCCAGCAGGUCUGAGCUUUGAAAUUUAAAGAGUGGUGGGGGCUGCAGUGGGAGUGAGGGUAAAGGGGGAGUGGGGUCCGCUUUUCUAUAAAUAGUGAUAAAAGGAGCUGCUUUUUUAAAAAGCUACACAAGGGUUUUUCUUGGCAUGGGAAACAGGACCCAUCAUUCCCAAACCAGUAUUGGUUUAUUCAGAUUGUACAGUAGUGAUAUUUGCCGCAUACUAUAUUACUACCUCACAAAGGUGCUGUGAGGCUCAAUGAGAUGAUGGCCAUGGACUGUUAGAGCUCCUCAAAGAUGGGACAUUGAAGUAUCAUGGUAUUAGCUUAUGUGUGUUUGCUUCUCAACAGGCCUUCUGAGGCCUAGUUUGAUAGAUCUGGUAAGUGAUAGAGAAUCUCAUUUGGAGCACUGAUGAUGGGAAAAUGAAAUUCUACUAGGCAGGACACUGCCUUCCAGGUAUUCUCAAUAAGUGAACUUCUAGUCAUGUGUGGUUAUGUGGUCUAUUAUAAACA